UCUCCGUGGUUUUCCACCCCGUGCUUUCCAGGGAGGGAACCCGAGGCACAGCGGGGUGUCCCCAUGCCCAGCUCUGUCCCCAUGGGUGGCAUCAAGCCCCACAAGCCCCGCUCAGCACCCGCGGGCUGGGAAGGACACAGGAAUGCCACUGGGCUCGUCCUGCUGAGGUCAGGCCAGAAAAUCCAGCCCUGGCUCCCCAGUGGGGUUCGGACGGGUGACACGGGGAGCACCCAAAACCCAGAGUAUGUGGUUAGGGCAGCGGGGUGCAGCCACAGCACAGCCCUGCAAUUUCCCUGGGGCUGGGAAUGAGCCUCCUUCAACACAAAUAUUUAUGGGUUCUGCUAAAAUUAUUUAUGGGGUGGGGGGUUGUGUACAACGAGCAGGGGUUGGGGAGGUUUUGGGGAGAGGGGCGAUAUGAUGGAGGUCUUCUUUUGCAUUUAGGGGCAGCAGGUCCCAGAUGGGAGAGGGCAGGAGGGCUGACGGGCAGCUGCUGUGGGAUGGGCUGAGGCUGCAGGCAGCGAGGGGAACGGGUUAGGGCACCUGGAUCCGGGUGAGUACCCUGGGAGGGUUUAGGGCUCCCCCACAUGCCACGCGUCCCAAAGGGGAUGACUCCAUCCUGCUGAAAUGUACCCCUGUGGGGAGGGAUGUGCUGAGCACCAAGUGCCCCUGCUGAGGAGGGGGCUGGCCCCCAGCCCUGUCCUGCAGCCCUGCUGACGGGUGAGGAUCCCAAAAGGGUCAGACCUUCAGCAUCCCCCUGUGCUCUGCUUUGCUCCCUGCUGCAGCCCCUUCUGGGGAAAACCUCCGUGUUUCAAAGCAUCUUUCCAAAGGAAAACAUUAUUUUUUGGCAGCCCUUAGGCUACGGCAGGUCUCUGCUGACAUCCAGCGCUGGCAUCUGCUCUGGUCGUCACCAUCCUCUCCUGCUGUGUCCCCACCAGCAAAAAGCCACUGCAACAGCGGGAAACACACCAAACUUUGGCUUUUCAUUUACAGAUCGGCUCCGGGGGCCAUAUCCCGGUGCCCUCCUCUCCCUGCUUCUGUUUUGGGCCGGGAGACCGCAGAUUUGGGGCUUUCAAACAUCCCUGUGCCCAGUUCCUCUGGGGGCUCCACCGCCUGCCCUAGACAUUGGCAGAAGAGCCCCAGACCCUCGGUGGCCACUUUGGGGUACGAUGCUUGGCCAUACAAAGCAAUUUUGGGGUGUUCUGACCCCAAAUCCCCUCCCCACCAGGGAGGGAGCCACCCAGCAGCACCCAGAGGCCGAAGUGAUGGGCGCAGGCUGUAGCCUCGCCAGGCGGGGUGGCUUGGGCAGCAGAGGGCAGCAAGCCACCGAGCACCCAAGGGACCUGGUGGCUCUGCCACCCCCAGGGGGUGGCCCGAAAGGGUUGGGCUGCUGCUUGGGCGGCCCCGGGGCCGCUCCCGUUUAAAGGGUGGUGGGGGCAGCAAGGGGGCGGCAGAGCGGUGGCGUGGAGUUGGGGCUGCUGGAGCUGCUCGCUGCAGAGGUGCAAAGAUGGGGUGCUUCACGUUCAUCAAGGUCAUGAUGAUCCUCUUCAACCUGGCCAUAUUUCUUGGUGGCGGGGCCCUCCUGGGUGUCGGCGUCUGGGUCACGGUGGACGGGCAGUCCUUCCUGAAGAUAUUCGGGACGCUUUCGUCUAGCGUCCUGCAGGUCGUGAAUGUCAGCUACUUCCUCAUUGUCAUCGGUGCCAUCUUGGUGAUCAUCGGCUUCCUUGGGUGCUAUGGCGCCCAGAAGGAGAGCAAAUGUCUCCUGAUGAUGUUCUUCUCUGUGGUGUUGAUCAUCUUCAUCGCCGAAGUCGCCGCUGCUGUGGUGGUUCUGGUCUACACGAGUCUUGCAGAGACGUUUCUGACAGCUGUGGUGACUCCCAUCCUGAAGGAGAACUACGGGGCUAAUGCUGAUUUCACACGCAUAUGGAAUGCCACCAUGUCGGAGGUCGGCUGCUGUGGCCUGAAUAACUAUACAGACUUUGAAAACUCCCCAUGGCAUCAGCAGCACAAAACCUACCCUCCGCCCUGCUGCAAUAACGAGUACCCAUGCAACGAAUCACUCGCGGAAACAAGUCAUGUCCAGGGUUGUUUUGACCAGAUUUUGGAAGACAUCAAGAAGAACGCAGAUGUGGUGGGCGGCGUGGCAGCCGGCAUUGCUGCCUUGGAGAUCGCGGCCAUGGCUGUCUCCAUGUACCUGUACUGCCACCUGGACCAGAAGUGACCCCCGGCAGCAGCAGGAAGCCGUGCCCCCCCCACCGUGUGCCGGGGUGCUCCUGACGGCCGCACCACUCUCUGGGCCUGAUGCCGUCCGGUGCACUGUGACCUUAGAGCUGUUUUGAUCUACUGAGCUGGGAUCUGUAGAAUUUAUAUGUAUAUUUUUGUACUGAUAUGGCGUAAUGCAUCUGUACAUAGAGAUAUUUUUUUUUUUUGAGGCGGGGAGAGGGGGGAAGCCGCCUGGUCUGUUUUGAUGAUGCCAGCAGGAGAUAUGGCCCAGGCAAAGAUCAGGGCUGCUGAGCAGGCAGUGGCCCUGCCCUUACCAACCCUUGCGGUGCCUCCCCGGUGCUGCCACCUCCCUGUCCCCGACCUUACUUUGCUGACCAGGGACUGGGCUGGGUCCCCGACCGGCGUGGUGGUGGCUGCACCCCCAAACUGGGGUCCCUGUGCUGGUCCCAUGGGGUCGCUGCCCCUGGUGUGGUGCAAAGCCCUGUAGGUCCCUGCUGUGAUUUCAGUGUGAAAACCCUCUCCCUAAUGUAAAGAAAAAGACAAAUAUUUUUUUUUUUUGGUCUUGGA